CAUAGCAAUUGCGAUAGUUUCUUCGAUGUUUAAUCCACAGAUUAUACACUGGAUUAGACCUCUUUGUUCGUAAUAAAAUUACUGUUUUCUACUCAACCGGUACAGUCGUAUUCUGUAGGAGGGCGCUUCCAUUCGUAUUUACUCGAACCGAAUUUUGUUAGGUUACCGUUCAUAUCUAAAGAGAACAUAAACACAAAUUUAAUAAUUGAAAACAUCAUGGUUGAUGUAGAACAAUUACACACGGCAUUAAACUCCAUCAAAGUACUCCGUUCGAACGUCGGCAUUGUAUUUACGUCGGUGAGCAAUGGUCUCAAUGCUGAACAUGAAGAAGAAGUUAAAGAAAACAAGUAUAUUCAGGAGCUGCAGGAGUUGUUGUCAACUGUAAAUAAAAACUUGAGGGAAGUAGAAACUGCUGUUUCCAAUCUCACACCACCACCAGGCCCUUUUAACUUGGGCAAUUCAACUUUUUUAAGUCAAGAAACAACACAAGAAAGACAAGCUCUGUAUGGACAGCUAGUUAACAGUUAUAAAUGGACAGAUAAAAUCAGAGAUUAUAGUGGUUUAGCUGGGAAUAUUCUGUCUGCUAACUCAGUUAGCAAAACAUACAAGACUUUUGGAGCAACCAAGAGGAGAAAGACACAAACAAGUAAUCACAAUGUUGCACCAGAAGUUAUUGAAAAUUUGGUCACUGGCAUUGAUCGUUUGUUUCCUGAUGUGACUAUAACAGCAACUAGACCAUUCUCACCAAAUCCAGUUAUUCAGGCAUCCUUGGGAAGAACCCUCAAAGCUGUAAUUGCUUUCAAAGGAUUGAUGAUAGAAUGGGUCAUUGUAAAAGCCCACUCUGAAUCUAAUGAUUUGUGGACCGAAUCGCGAUAUAAGGUCUUCAGGAAAGUGACUGAGAAUUGUCAUGCUGCUAUGUGCCACUUUCAUUCUCCAACAAUGCCUGAUUUGGCUGUGCGAUCUUUUAUGCACUGGUUCCAUAGUUAUAUAAGUUUGUUCAAUGCGCCAUGCAAACGAUGCGGGAACUAUCUUCAUAGUGCGCUGCCACCAACUUGGAGGGACAUGAGAUCUUUGGAACCAUAUCAUGAAGAAUGCAAAUAAAUAUCAAAAUAUUUGUAUUUAUUUCAUAUGCCUAUUACUUUAAUGAAUAAAAACAAUUAAAUACA